AUGAGGUAAUAAAACUCUAAAAGAGACGGUUUGGUUAUUAGUGAUGGUCCACAGUCCGCUCGCCAAUAAGAUCAAUAAAAAUAUGACAAAGUUAAGACCAUUAAUACAAAUGAAAAUUACAGUAUAACUUAAAAUGAGGCGACUUUCGUAGACUUUUUAUAAAAUGAUAGACAAGUUUAGAAUAAUCUAGAUACUUCUCUACAUAUAAAUGAUGCAUAAAACAGAGGAUAUAUAAAUAAUCAAACUACAAAUAUAACUCAAAACUAUACAAUAGAGUAUACUAGCCAAAAUUUAUACACAAACUAGGAAGGAUUGGUUAAUGCCUAAGCAAAUGAUAAGUCCAAAAGUUUUUGCUGCAAAAAAAAGAAGAUAAGUCCUCUUGGAGAUUAUGAAGGAGUUGGAUUCGAUUAGUUAACUUCAGAAAUGCCUACAACCUAUGAGUCAUUCGAUCGUGCAAGUAAGAAUUGGGAAAAAGUACGAAAGUCUUUGAGAAAGAUUGUGAUGCUUGGAAUUUCCUAUGUGAUUCAUCCUGAUAACAACUAUAAAUUCCCAUUUGACUUAUGUGUUGAUAUUGCCUAUAUUGUAUCUUUUUUCCUUACUCCUUUUGUAGUUGCAUUUCAUGCUGAACCAUUGAUAUACACAAGAUGGUUUGAAUUCAUCAUAGAUAUUAUUUUAAUUAUAAACCUGGUAAUGAACUUUUUCACUGGCUACAGAAGUGAUGGAUAAGUUAUUCUUAAACCCAAAGCAAUCUUAUCAAGAUAUCUAAAGACAGAUUUCAUUUUUGACGUGAUAGCAACAAUACCUGGAUUUGUAACAGUUGAAAGCUAUAAAUACAUUUACUAUGUAAAGAUUGUCAGGUUCACUCAGAUCGACAGGCUUUUUGCAUAAAUUAACAAUGUCCUUGUUGGAUAUGGAGACUAUUCCGCAUUCAAUAAGUGGGAAAAGCUCUAUUUGAUAUUUUUAGAAUUUACAGGCAUUUGCACUUUUUCAAUAAUCACUGGAAAUAUCACAUCUCUGCAAUCAAUGAGAUAAAUUGCAGAUAUCAUUCAAGAAAAGACAUUGGAUAAAUACUAUGAUAAAUUUUUUUACUUCUUCAAUGACAUUUAACAACAAAACUACGCUCCUCAAACUUUCAUAAGAAAAAUUCUAGUUAACUUAGAUUGCUAAAUCUUUGAACCUAAUGUUGAAAUAUUGAAAGGUGGCCAUGAGGUUAACAAGCUCUACUUCGUAUACAAAGGAGCUGUAUUAUUGUAAAGAAUAUAAACUUUAUAGGUAUUGGUUAAGCCAGUUUCGGCUAUUGAUUAUGCAAUUGAAAAAGGGAUGUAGCAAAUGAACUAAAGAGAAUCUAUUGAAUCUGAAAAUCAUCGAUAAAAUAGACUCUUUAAAAAGAUAGCUGUUGGAAAUUUAAAAAGAGGUUAAAAGUAUAUUGAUUGUAUAGCAAUUUUACCUGAGGGUUCCUUCUUUGGCGACUAUUAAAUUCUUUUCAACAUUAACUCAAACUAUACCUUUACUUCAAUGUCCCAAAUGGAGACUUGGUGCAUGACCAUUUCAAGUUCAAAGUUUCUAUAAAAAUGUGAAGAAUUCCCUCAUUUCCAUUCAUUCCUCCAGCAAAGAGCUCUUCUUAGAAGAAAUCAUUUCAAGUAAAUGGAAUUGAAGCUAGAAUAGCAAAAUGAUUCUAAACUCACCAAUGAUACAUAAAUGGAAACCUAAAAUCUAGGAGAUAAUCUUUCUGCUAGACAAAAAUUUGAAGAAGAUUCUGACAAGGAACAAAUAAUGAAGGUGAGCGAAAACAAUCAUCUUAUGUAGCAUAGUCUGGUUGAGUUAAAUUCGAUUGAAAGACCUCAUUACAAGCUUGAUUAGCAAAAAAUACAUCUCAACUUUACCUUGCCAAUGCUUAGAAUGUAUGUAUCUAGUGUCGAGAAUAUGUCUCUAUCAAGUGGCAAAUACCUGAAGAACAGAUUAAAUCGCUUCAGAGAAUUCUUUAAGUUGUCUGAGUCUGUGACUAUUGGAACAGAAUUAAGUGAGGUCAAAAAUGAAUACAAAAUGCAUGAAAUGGCAAAGAAAAAGCCAGUAGUCAAAAAGUAAAUAAAAGCUCCAUAAAAAAUAGUAAAACAAAGUACUGGAGCUGUAACAAAUAAAACUAGAUAGAGUUAAGAUUGGGGAACAAGUAAUCCAGGCAUUAUAUCUAAUGGAUCAGAUAUAAAAACAAUGAAUAAUAGAAGUUCUCUCCCAAAUCAUCAAAUAGAUGCCGUAAUUGACAAUUCUAACUAAGGUUUGCACACAUAAAAGGGUUCAGCAGAUUUGAUGUCUGUCGAUGAUUCCUCUUAAAUGCAUAACUCCUAAAAUCAACUGAUAUCUCAUAAUUAAGUGGUACCUACUUAAUUGAAAAAUGAUGAUCAAGAUUCAAAUUUCUAUAGAAUCAUGAUAGGGAGAAUGUCUGAGAAUGAUCCUUCAAUAAUGUAGAGUACUAGGAUAGAAGCCUUAAACAAAACCAUACCACAUCUCAAUAGUUUUAAGUGUUUGGAGGGGACACCCCUAGAAAACAUAGAUAUUGAUUUUAUGGCUAGCAAAAUAUCAAUUAAUCUCGAAAAACAGUAAAGAGCAAAUAGAAACUGGGCUCGCGUCAGAACAUUGUUAAGCAUGAAUAGAGAAGCUGGAAUGAAUACAGGUGAAAAGAAGCAAGAUAAGUAUGUGAUCAUGCCUGAUAGUCUUGCAAAAAUGGUAUUCGAUAUCGCAUUUGAAAUUAAACCCUUAGAAAAUUUGAGGUGGCUAGAAUUUGCUAUGGAUUGGUGCAUUAUGCUCAAAAUUAUUUCUAUUUUCUUUACUGCACAAUUCAGUGAUGCAGAUAUUAUUACUUAGCAUCGCCAAAUUGCAUGGACCUAUCUCACCGGAUACUUUAUAUUUGAUAUUUUAUCAUGCUUCCCAGGAAUUGUAACUACUGAGAAGGUUCAUUGGGCUUACUAUUUCAAAGUCUUAAGAUUUAUAAGAUUUUAAAGACUCAUAGAGUAGAUCUAGACUUUGAUAUACUUGAGCUUGCUCUUCCAUGUUUUGGCAUGUAUAUGGAUAUUGAUUGGCCACACAGAUGGAGGAUGGAGAUCAAUGAUUGCCAAUGAAAAUGACAGCGAAAUUGGAUAUGGAGAUAAUUUUGCCUAUAAUUCGAGAGAAAAGUUGUACAUGAUAUUUUUGGAAUUUACUGGUAUCUGCACAUUCUCUCUUAUCACUGGUCAAAUUACCAACUUAAAAGAGAUUAAGUAAAUAUCAGAGAUCAUCGAACAAAAAGUAAUUUAUUAAUCUUAAAUGAUCAUUACAAAGAGUGACGAGAUCGAAAACUAUUUAUGCGAGAUUGAUGUAUAAAUUCCAAACAAGGAUAUGAAAUCAGAUGUUUAUGAUAAUGCAAUAAAUUACAUUAAGAACAGCUAUUUAAAAGGAGUAUCUUAAUCCCUAAGAGAAUCAAAUUAUUAUAAGCUUCUUCCUCCAAGACUCAAAAAUAUUCUAAUCUAAGAGGUACUUAAAGACUAUCACAGGCAAUUUUAUUUCUUUUUUCAUGAUGUUUAAAAUAAAAACCAUGCUGAUGAGGUUUUUAUAAGGAAGGUUCUUUUUUUGCCAUUCGUAGAUAUAAUAAAGACUGGAGAAAUCGUAAAUAGGCUAUAUUUUUGCUAGUAAGGUAGCAUUCUUGUCAGCUCGAAUUAUCAAGACGCUUUGAAAGCUCUACCCUUUGAACUCUAGCAUGAUGUAAGAAGAAGUAUCAUUUCUAAUGGAAGAAGCAAUUAAGGUGAUGGUCUAAGGCCCCCAACAGCAGCAAGUAUACCUUAGUUCACUUAUAUCACAAUUUUACCACAAGGUUCCUUCUUUGGAGAUUAUUAAAUACUGUUCAACCUACCUUCAAACUAUGCUUUCACAGCUUUUGCUGAAGAAGAGACAAGUUGCAUGACAAUUGCAGAAUCCAAGUUCAUUAAUAUUUGUGAGUAGUUUCCUAAAUUUCACUCAUUCCUUUGCUAAAGAGCCUUAAUGAGAAGAAAUCAUUUUAAAAUGCAAGAAUAAAAAGCCAAAAAAUCUGUUAUGUAAUCUAGAUCAAGAAAAAGGCAUUUGGUAACUGAAGAUCACAUGAUGGACUAACCUAAUAAGAAAGCUGCUAGAGAUGUUGCCGAUGCAAGAGACCGGACAAAACUACUUGAUAGAUCACUUUUGGACUUAAAUUUAGUUGAAAUGCCAAAAUUUAAAACUGACCUAGAGUAGAUAUCGGUAAAGUUUACGAUUCCAAUCAUCAGAAGAUUUAAAAAGCACAAUGAUUUUUUCAGCAUUUUAAAUGUUGCUCUAUCAGGAGAAGACCUUUAAUAAGUAAAAAGAGACUUUGAUUACUAUAAAGUUAACAAGUACGGAAAGAAAUAGCUGGAGCCUGUUGCUAAAAUCACUAGGAAAGAGGAAGAAAGAAAGCGCAAAUUAAGAGAAGGAGAUACUUACUAAAGCAAGAAUUCACUACUAGGGGGUGGAACUAUAUAAAAUGAUCUCAUUCAAAAAGAUAUCUAGACUCCUCCAAGAACAGCACAAGGACUUAAAAAAAUAAAAGAGAACUAAAGAUCUACUACUAGUCUACCACCAAUUGACAGAAUUAUAAAGUCAAGAGAUGGCACAGUUGUUAUAACCGAGGAUAGCCACUAUCAGCUGAUAACUUAGCAAGAGCUUAAGAUUAGUACAAUGAUGGAAAGGAGUGAUCUGCAAGGAGUGAUGUUUGAUAUAAAAGUUGAUCUCUCUGAAAGAUUGAGAAAAGAUUUGAUUGACUUUACAACGGAUGUGAGGGGAGAAAUAGAUGGGAAAAUUGAUAAAGAAUACUUCUCCUAAAGAUUGAAGAGAAGAGCACCAUUAUCAGAUUUUACUCGUCUCAAAGAGGAUUUUUAAGCUUUGAAAGUUUAUUCUCAGCAUGAAUUGUCAAGUGCAAUAGAUAACACUUAUCAAGAAUUGAGAACAUAAAUAACAACAAAGAUUGAUAAAAAAGAGAUUCACAAAAUUAUGAAUAAGUAUACAGAGAAGAGUGACUUUGAUAUUAUGAAUAAAGAAGUUAAAAGUAUAGAAGAAAAGAUAAAAAUAAUCCAAAAUGACAUCAAAGAGGUCCGCUAUCAAAUAACUGGAGUAAAAGAUGAUGAAUUAACCUAGAGUGAAGAAGAUGAAUUUGAAAAGCUAGAAUAGGAAAUUCAAGAUGAGGUUAUUAAUGAGAGUAGCAUGGAUGACAAAAAUAGCAAUUUUGAAUUUAAGGUUAACUCAAAGUAAAUUGUUGAAAAGAAUGAUGAAUAAAUUUAAUCGAACCAAAAAUAUGUGGCUAACUUUAAUGGUUCAAAAUACUAUUCAACUAAUAAUUUUGGAUUUGGUAAUACUUUCUUGAGAGGAGUCAGUAAAAACCAGAAAAUUUCAAAAGCUUUAAGAGGAGAUCCAAAAGUAUAAAGGAGAUAUUUUCAAGCCUAAAUAAACGAACUAAGUCAAAAAAUCAUAGAAUUCAUUCAAAGGAAUAAGGAAAUGGAUUCGUACCUCACGUCCUCCGAUUCUUUCAUGAAGGAAGUCUAAGAUCAUUUGUUUGCAUUUAAAAGUAGAUUUGAAAACAUGAAAGUGGAUGAACAAGCAUUCAACGAAAGAAGUGACUAAGUUCUUUCAUAUUUUGAAUUUGCCAAGAAUUAGCACUCAAAGAUGAUUGAAUAGUAUGAUCACAUUGAAAAAUCUAUGAUAGUAAUGAAAUAAGAAAUGAGAGAUUUUUAUAAUAAACUCUAGCUAGAUACAGAUGUAAAAUUCAAGAAAUUGGUGCAUGUUGAAACUCAUAUGAAUAUUGUCAAAUAAGAAUAAGAAAUAAUGAGAAAUAAAAAGACCAAAGAAGAUUAUUUGUAAAAGGAAGAUUAGUCGAAACUUCUGAAUAAAUUUGCUAAAUUUGACAGAAGUCUAUUAUCCUAGAGGGAAGAUUUAGCUAGAGCAAACGAUGAAUAGUCUAGAAGAAUAACUUUUCUCGAAGGAGAAAUCUUAAAAUUAAAAGGUCCCUUAUUAAGUGAAUUCAAGAAUAUUUAAAAAGAGAAUGAAGGAUUGAUUACUUACAACAACAGUGUGAUCGAGAAAAAAAAUGCUUACGAGACAUACACAAAUGAAAAUAUAACAUUAAUUCCAACUCUUGAAGAUUAAAUAACCACCUAAGAUAAUCAGGCUGGGAGAUUUACAAGCCUUGAAUUGAAAAGGGAUUCAUUAUCGAGGAUGUUUGAUACAUACAGCUCAAGAGCAGGAAUUGUAAAUAAAUAAAACAAAAGAGCUCAUACUGCUAUUUCACAUAGAAGAUAGACUACCUAAACUGGAUCAAUUACGUAAAAUAUUCAAAAUAAUUAAAGUAGACUAAAUGAAGCAAAUCAUGUCUAUGAUAAUUAUUAAACAAUGGAAAAUUAUUCAAGAUUGAAUUCUAAUUCAAGAACUUUUACUUCCAGACCAAGAAGCUAAGUGCUAACCAAGUCAAGUCCAAGCAAAGUUUAGGCUAAUUUUUCAACAAACUAUGUAAAAAGAUAAGAUUUUCUUGUUACCCCAAGUAACAUAAACAUUCUCUCUGGUAAAGUAGAUAGUCGUAAUGCUCAUAACAAUAUGUAAGACUUCCUAAACAAGCAUAUAAGACCGAAGUCAUCAACAGUGAAUGGAAGUUAAAGAAUGAGAAUAAAGUUCAGAAAAGAUGUAGGGGAUACUUAGAGGGAAUUAAGGGGACCAGAGAAUUUUAUAAAUGCUGAUCUUACUGAAUAGAUGAGUAAAUAACAACCAACAUUAUUAGGUGAAAGAUUAAACAAAUCCUAAAUUCAAAUAAUGAGAUAAUAACUGAAGAUGACUAACAUGAAAUAGCUUAACCCAACUUAAAUUCAUGAUAUAUAAGAAGAGAAAGAUGGAAAUUAAGCUAUCUCAAUUGUUGAUGAUGAAAAGCCUAAAAAUGAUAAGGACUAAGAUAAUCAUUUAAAGGGCUAGAUUCAUCCUAAAAAUGCUCAAACACUAUAACUCCAUAGAUUCUAGCAUUUGAUCAGCAACUAUGACUUAUAAUAAAAUCCUUGA